AUGUCCCCCGCCGCCGACACCUCGCCCGCGCCCCCACCGCAGUCGCCGCGCGUCCUGCAGGAGACGGACUGGAAGCUGCAGCGCAAGCUCAAGCACCUGCAGCGCGACGCCGGUCGUCGCUCCGCUGAGGGGCGCGCCGAGCCGCGCUUCAAGCACCACGCGCACCACCAGCACCGCGCCGAUGUCAUGCGCCUCGAGCGCGACGCGUGGCUGCCCACGCCCACCAAGAGCGCGCACCGCAGCAUCCCCGCGCAAAUGCGGCAGGCCACCGGAGCCCCGCGCGGCAACGCGUCACAGCUGAGCCGCUCCGGGCCCUCCGCGACGUCGUGGCCCCCGGCCAUGGCGGCUCCCGACGACGAGCUUCUGGACGACGCCAUGGACUCGCUGACGCUCGCGUCGUCGGCGCCGUCCACGGCCUACACAGGACGACACGACGAGCACAGGCGAGAGGCGCGGCCCAUGACGCUGUUUGAGAGCGCGCGCAUCUUCAACGAGUCGGGCCAGUUGCUGAGCCACGACAACUUCGACGAGCUGGGGUCGUCCCCCGAGAUGGUCGCCGAGGGCACCCCCAAGCGCAAGUUCAAGCGCCGCGUGGGACGCCGCAAACACGAGAGCAAGCGCGCCAACGUCGUGGACGCGCUCAACCCCGACGAAGUCGUGCUGGAGCUCAUGUGUCUGCUGUUCCCCGACGUGGAAGUGACCCAGGAGCUGAAUUUGCUGCUGCUCGGCGGCGGACAGCACGAGGACGUCUUCCACUUUGACGAGGACGACAUUGUCGAUGCUCCGGCCGCCCGCAAGCCCAAGAGCGGCGCCCUGGACAUCGAUCUGCUCAAGUUUCAGGCUGCGCUCACGACCAUGCUCUUCGGUUCGGACGCCUCGGUGAAGGAGAUGCCUGCUCGAGGGACAUCUGCGGAGAGCCUACAGGGGAUGUUCUUUACGCCGCAAUGGAUCGCUCACGAGAUGCUGAACAUGGUCAAGCUGGACGUGCUGGCCCAGUACGACCGCUUCGCCGUGAUGAACGCGAUCUUUCGCACAAUUCCAGAGAUGCGCCCCUGUAUUUUGGCAGCAGCGGCGUCUGCUUCCCUCGCCAUCUUCCAGCACCAAGGUCUGUCAGACAUUGAGCCCCGCAACUCGGGCAAGAACCUCGUCACUGUCAAGGGCAUGCUUGCAUUUUUGAACGUUGCAAUGGAUGUCAUUGAGAGGGACGCGCGGUACAACCUGGAAACCUUCGGCAGCAGCGACGAGCAGAUCAGCGACACCAUCGGCGGACUAUGCAGCCAGAUCAUGCGCGCGAUCCGGUUGCUUGUUCGAAGCUCGCCUGGAGGCAGCGGCAGCGCAGAUUCCAACCGCAAUCAGCUGGAAAAGUUCGCCGAGUGCGGUGACUCCGCAGAGGCUACGACGUACCGCGCUAUGGGCGACCUGGUGAACCGGAUGGCUGCGUUCUCUCCGAUGCACGGCGAGGAGUUCCUCCGCUGGAUGCUGCUCAAGUGGCCUCAACGCAACGUGCAGCUGCAACUGUUCUUCGUGCGGUUCACGGCGGGGCUGCUCUCGCAGUUCAUGCAGAUCGGGCUCAUGUUCCCCCCUGAUGUGGUGCACCGCGCCUUCACGCGUAUUCAAGCCUGCAUCCGGUCCACGCACUUCCUGGUGGCCCAGGAGGCGUGCAACAUGUGCGGCAACUUCCAGCUCAUGAGCGUGUACUUAUCCUGCGACCAGGCUCUGCGCGAGAAGAUCGCCUCCGCUCUCCACGAGAACGCCACCUCCCACUGGAACAAGCGCAUCCGCGACAUCUCCGACGAGUGCUUCGACAUGCUCCUCGACCUGGCAUGA